UGAUUCUUCUUCUCUGUAAUUAUCAGAAACUCCGUAGGUUGUGAAGUACAUAAUAAUGGCAGCUUCUACUUCAGCUUCAACUUCUCUAAAAGAGUAUCUCAAGAAAUACCAAAGCAGUAAUGAAGAUGAGAAGAAAAAGAAGAAGAGGAAGAAGGAGAAGCCGAAAGCAGCUUCGAUGGGCGGCAUUCUUGUUGUGGAUGAAGACCCUGUGUGGCAAAAACCACUAAAACUUGAUGAAGAGGAAGACGAGGAUGAUUCCGCAGAUGAAGCGAAGCCCCAAGUUGAGGAAGACAUUGAGGUGAAGCGCAUGAAGAGACUGGAGCAAAUUCGAGCUCGGCGAUCCUACAAUGCAAUUUCCGAGGAUGGAAGUGGUUGGGUCUCGAUUUCUGAUGCCCCCAAACAAUCGAAUUUUGAUAAAGAAAAGGUUGAUAUCUCUCCACCUCGUCGACUAAGGGCUCGAUACGACACACCUUCACCAGAACCCAAUCAGAAACCUGCAGAUUCUGCCAAUGAAAGCCCUGAGUUGUCACGUCCAUGGCAACGGCAGCAGAGACAAUACGAUAUGCCAUCGCCAGAACCUGAACAGAAGCCUGCAGGUGGUGAUGAAGUUUCUGAUUUAUCAACACCAAGGCGGAAGUGGAGACGGUAUGACUCGUCAUCUCCAGAACCCAAACUGAAACCUGAAGUUUCUGGUCAAGAAGUUUCUGAUUUAUCACCGUCAAGGCGGCAGAGGCGGUGUUAUGACUCGCCAUCUCCAGAACCCAAACUGAAAUCUGACGGUUCUCGUCAAGAAGUUUCUGAUUUAUCACUGCCAUGGAGGCGGCAGAGACGCUAUGACACACCGUCAGUGGAAGCUGAACCCAAUCCAAUGAAGUCUGAAAAACCCCAUCGUGAUUUAUCCCCACCUCGUCGCUCCAGCUCUAGGACAUUCUCAGAAUAUGAAACAAAGAAUUCUGAGAGAUCUGACUUGCCUGACCCUUCUCCCCAAGGAAUUCCAAAUAAGAAUGCAGACCUUUCUCCACCAAGGAGAAGCAGGAAGGAUCCAGGGAAAUCAGAAUCAUCUGAUCUAUCUCCUCCUCGACGAAUGCAUCGUGGUUCACUAGAUAACAAAUCUUCCAGGGUUUCUCUAGAGAUGGGCCUUUCUCCCCCUAGGAAAAGAAGGAAGGAUUCUGAGAGAUCUGAAUCACCUGAUCUCUCUCCACCUCGACGGAUUCAUCGGCACAUACCAGAAGUUGAUGCAUCUCGUGCUUCAUUGGUGGCUGACCUUUCUCCUCCCAGGAAAAGCAGGAAGGAUUCAUCUUCCUUGAAAGAGAGGCCAAAGGCUGGUUUGGUCAGUCGCCAAGAUUUUAGAGAAGAAACUGCCAAAUUAAGGGAGGAUUCAGCAAGGUUUAAACAGAUGGAUCCUUCUUCAGGGGGCCCAGGUGCAGAACCAGUUUAUCGUGACAAACUGAAAGGCACUCGUAUAUCAAAGGAGGAAUUCCUGAAAGCCCAGAAAGGAGAGGAAAAGCCAAAGGAAAAGCAGCUGGAGUGGGGCAAAGGCUUGGCUCAAAAGCGGGAAGCUGAAGCAAGACAGCGUGAGUUAGAACUUGAAAAGGACAAACCGUUUGCAAGGACCAGGGAUGAUCCAGAAAUUGACAAGAUGCUGAAGGAGAGGGUAAGAUGGGGAGAUCCGAUGGCUCAUUUGGUGAAGCGUAAAUUGUCAGAGCCAGUUUUGGAAGACUUGGGUGAUGAGGAGAAGAUGAAAGAAUCGGGAUUUAUAAUUCCUCAGGACAUACCGAGUCACAGCUGGAUAAUAAGAAGAAUAGAUGCCCCACGGAACCGUUAUGAUAUAAGACCAGGUCGACAUUGGGAUGGUGUUGAUCGCAGUAAUGGAACUGAGAAGCAGUACUUCAAGAGGAUGAAUGAGAAGCAUGCUACAGAAAGAGAAGCAUAUCUGUGGUCAGUCUCUGACAUGUGACCAAGGCUUCACUAGGAACUGCCAAUUGCUUUCCAUUUUUUGUAGAAUGGCUGAAAGGGAUUUAUUAUGAAUGCCACACAAAUAUGGGCAGGACGGAGGUGGUAGGGAUUAGAGCUUUGUAUAUUAUAUAUAUUUUUUUCCAGACGUUAAUCUGAAAUUACAAGUUAAUGUUUGGGGGAAUUUUCCCAAAUUAGUAGUUAUAAAUUCUUUGAUAGUGAUUCAGAUGUAAGUUUUCUGUUAA